UCAAACGGGUUGGUCAGUCAGUUUGGUUAAUAAUGCAUCGAACUAGGUUUCAAAGUGCAUUUUCUCUAAUGAUCGACCUCUAAUUGGGAAGUGCAUUAAUUUUCUAUAAUGAUCGACCUCUAGUUAAUUGUGAAAUGCAUUAAUUUUCUCUAAUCAUCGGCCUCUAAUUAAUUGUAAAACAUAUUAGGUGCAUCCGAGUGCACGGUGCACCCUAUUAUAUUUUACCUUUAUGCCCUUACUCAUGAGGAGAAAAUGUAAAAGGGAUCACUCAUGGGCAUAAAAUACUCUUGGAUACAGGUAUUUGCAGAGAAGGUGCUAAGGUCUCAACCAGAUGUGAAGAAGGUCUAUCUUCUCCUAAGAGCUCCUGAUGACUACUCAGCUUUACAAAGGUUGCAAAAUGAGGUGAUUGGAAAAGAUUUGUUCAAAAUCCUGAAGCAAAAGAUGGGAGCAAAGUUCAACACCUUCAUACAAGAAAAAGUGAGUGUGGUGCCAGGUGAUAUUACUUGUCAAGACUUGGCAAUUAAAGACUCCAAACUAAAGGAAGAAUUAUGGAGAGAAGUUGAUGUUAUUGUUAACCUUGCUGCAACCACCAACUUUGAUGAAAGGUAUGAUGUUUCAUUGACUGUCAACACAUUUGGUGCUAAGUAUGUACUGGAGUUUGCUAAGAAAUGCGCUCGUUUGGAGGUGUUCGUACAAGUAUCAACUGCUUAUGUGUCUGGUGAAACGGCUGGAUUUAUAAAGGAGCGUCUUUAUUUCAUGGGUGAGACACUCAACGGCAGGAAAGGUUUGGACGUUAAAGUGGAGAAGAAACUUGUUGAAGAGAAAUUAGAUGAGCUACAAGUUAUGGGUGCUACAACUGAAACUAUCAAGAUAUCGAUGAGGGACAUGGGCCUUGAGAGGGCAAGGCACUGGGGAUGGCCAAAUGUUUAUGUGUUUACAAAGGCAUUAGGAGAGAUGGUGCUACUUCACGAAAAAGGAGAUGUUCCUCUUGUUAUUAUUCGUCCAACCAUGGUUACCAGCACUUUAAAAGAACCCUUCCCCGGUUGGGUCGAAGGUAUUAGGACUAUUGACAGUUUAGUAGUUGCUUAUGGCAAAGGGAGGUUGCCAUGCUUCUUGGGUGACCCUGGGUCGAUUGCUGAUAUGAUACCAGCUGAUAUGGUAGUCAAUUCGAUAAUAGUAGCAGCAAUGGUUCAUGCAAAUCAACCCGGAAAUCCAAGGAUAUACCAAAUUGGAUCAUCAGUUAAAAAUCCGGCAUCAUUAGCAUCACUGCACGAAAUGGCAUACGAGUAUUUCAAGAGGCAUCCAUGGAUUAACAAAGAUGGAAAACCAGUCAUAGUUGGCCAUGUUAGGGUCUUAGGCUCCAUGGAUAGCUUCAAGAGAUACAUUACUCUUCAUUACCUUCUACCCUUGAAGGUCCUGGAAAUAGCAAACAUCGCGCUAUGUCAGUACUUUAAAGGCACAUUAACGGAACAAACCAAGAAGAUCAACAAGGUGAUGCGGCUGAUAGAAAUUUACAGACCAUAUUUGUUCUUCAAGGGCAUAUACGAUGACAGCAACAGUGAGAAGUUAAGGAUGGCAGCAAAAGAAAGAGGAUUGGAAACAGAUAUAUUCUUCUUUGAUCCCAAAGCUCUUAACUGGGAAGACUACUUCAUCAACACUCAUCUUCCUGGUUUAGUAAAACAUGUCUUCAAGUGAAACCCAUUAACAGCAACAGCAGUAAUUAAGGAGAGGAAGAAGGUCGGUCCAAGUGUUUAAACAAAAGCAAUAUUUGAUUAAGACUCAUUUAUUACAUAAUUCGACAAGUUUUAUUUUUUUUAUCAAGUAAAAGACGGUAUGUUAUGUUUCAUUUUGAUUGUUCACAGUUUCCUCAUAAAUGUUAUGAUGCCAAUAUUAAUUAUUACUA